AUGGCCAGAGAAAGUCAAGUCCCCCAACCGGGCCCCGCCCGCCUGUCUCCCGGCGCCGGCCCUGACGAAUGGCUCGAGCAGGCCAAGCAGUGCAAGUACCUGCCCGAAGCCGACAUGAAGCGCUUGUGCGAAAUCGUCAAAGAGUGCCUGAUGGAGGAGUCCAACAUCCAACCAGUCAACACUCCAGUAACCGUAUGCGGCGACAUCCACGGCCAAUUCUAUGACUUGCUCGAGCUGUUUGCCGUUGCUGGUGGCAUGCCCUGCGACAACAACCCGAAUGAACCUCAAUCCGAAGCCCCGAAGCCUGAGCCUGCCAAAUCGCCCCUGCCCAAAGGCUUCUCAGCUGCCGAUAUCGAGCCUCCGUCCCAGAUCAACGACCCUCGUGUUAAGCGCAAGAUGAAGCGUCGUUUCCAACGUGACAGUGCCUACACCUCAUCCGCCUCGAAUGCUUCCGACGACCUUGGUGACGACUUUGAAGGAGAUGAUGGUCAAGAAGGAAGCGAACUCAGGGGUCGCGUGAGGAGUCGCAGCAGCGGAUCCGACCACAGAGGUCCUGCUGGAGGUGGCGAUAUUGACGAAUCCGACCAAGAAGACGACGACGAUGACAGCGACAGUGGCAUCGGAGGCAGUCCUGAGGCUUCCCGGAAAAAGCAGCCCGGUUCAAGCAGCAACAACAACGGAAAGCAGAACUUCAUCUUCCUUGGAGACUUUGUUGACCGUGGAUACUUCUCCCUUGAGACCUUCACAUUACUCAUGUGCCUGAAGGCAAAGUUCCCGGAUCGCAUCACCCUUGUACGCGGAAACCACGAGUCAAGACAGAUCACUCAGGUUUAUGGUUUCUACGAAGAAUGCCAGACCAAGUAUGGAAAUGCCUCGGUCUGGAAGUCUUGUUGCCAGGUCUUUGAUUUUCUUGCUCUCGCUGCAAUCGUCGAUGGCAAGGUGCUGUGUGUACACGGUGGCUUGAGUCCUGAGAUCCGCACAUUGGACCAGAUUCGCGUUGUUGCGAGAGCCCAAGAGAUUCCACAUGAGGGAGCUUUCUGUGACUUGGUAUGGAGUGAUCCUGAGGAAGUCGAUACAUGGGCCGUCAGUCCCAGAGGUGCUGGAUGGCUGUUCGGUGACAAGGUUGCAACAGAGUUCAACCAUGUCAACGGUUUGCAACUCAUUGCACGCGCACAUCAAUUGGUCAACGAGGGUUACAAAUAUCACUUCAAGAACCAGGAUGUAGUAACUGUUUGGUCAGCACCAAAUUACUGCUACCGAUGCGGUAAUGUUGCCAGUAUCAUGACCCUUGGCGAAGAUCUUGAGCCGGACUUCACCAUCUUCUCCGCUGUGCCAGAUCACAGACGUGCUGUUCCUGCAGGCAGAGGAAGGACAGGAGAGUACUUCUUGUAA